CCGUUUCCGGCGCGCCUCGCUCUGGUCCCUGCGGCGGCGGCCGAGCCUUGUGCCUCCGCCAUAUUGUCUGUGUGCGGCGGCGGCGGCGGCGGCGACGGCCGCGCCAGGUGGAGGAAUCUGAGGCCUUUCUCCUCUGUCAGCAUUGCACAGACCAGGUCGCCUCUGAUUUCACAUCUCAUUUCCGCCUGCCAAGCUGUCUGAUAUGUCGGGACCGGUGCCGAGCAGGGCCAGAGUUUACACGGAUGUGAACACACACAGACCCCGAGAGUACUGGGACUAUGAGUCGCAUGUUGUGGAGUGGGGAAAUCAAGAUGACUACCAGCUAGUUCGAAAAUUAGGCCGGGGCAAAUACAGUGAAGUAUUUGAAGCCAUCAACAUUACAAAUAAUGAAAAAGUAGUUGUUAAAAUUCUCAAGCCUGUUAAAAAGAAGAAAAUCAAGCGUGAAAUCAAGAUCUUAGAGAACUUGCGAGGCGGUCCCAAUAUAAUCACCCUUGCAGAUAUAGUAAAAGAUCCUGUGUCUCGAACACCUGCUUUGGUUUUUGAACAUGUAAACAACACAGACUUUAAGCAAUUAUACCAGACAUUAACAGAUUAUGAUAUUCGAUUCUACAUGUAUGAGAUUUUGAAGGCUCUAGAUUACUGCCAUAGCAUGGGAAUCAUGCACAGAGAUGUCAAACCUCACAAUGUCAUGAUUGACCAUGAGCACAGAAAGCUUAGACUAAUAGACUGGGGUUUGGCUGAAUUCUAUCACCCUGGCCAAGAGUACAAUGUCAGAGUGGCUUCCAGAUAUUUCAAAGGACCUGAGCUUCUUGUAGAUUAUCAGAUGUAUGAUUACAGUCUGGAUAUGUGGAGCUUGGGUUGCAUGUUGGCUAGUAUGAUAUUCCGAAAGGAGCCUUUUUUCCAUGGCCAUGACAACUAUGAUCAGCUGGUGAGGAUAGCCAAGGUGCUGGGGACAGAAGAUCUGUAUGACUACAUUGACAAAUACAACAUUGAGCUGGAUCCACGUUUCAAUGACAUCUUGGGCAGACACUCCCGUAAGCGAUGGGAGCGCUUUGUCCACAGUGAGAAUCAACAUCUGGUGAGUCCAGAAGCCCUGGAUUUCUUAGACAAGCUGUUGCGAUAUGAUCACCAGUCACGACUCACAGCAAGAGAAGCCAUGGAACACCCCUACUUCUAUCCCAUUGUGAAAGACCAGGCUCGGAUGGGCUCAUCCAACCUGCCGGGUGGCAGCACUCCUGUCAGCAGUGCGAGCAUGAUGUCAGGGAUUUCUUCAGUGCCAACACCUUCACCCCUUGGACCUCUAGCAGGCUCACCCGUCAUCUCUGCCACCACCACCCUGGGGAUGCCGGUUCCAGCUGCUGCAGGCGCCCAGCAGUAGUGAUGGGCUCUGUCUCCUGCUGCCUGAGCUGAGUCAGGUGGGGAAGAGGUUUCCCCCUCCACCUCUCCUCAGGACGCAGCUCAUGUCUGGCAGGGGAAGGGAGGGGAUGAACGCUUUGGAGACACCGUGUCUGAACUGUUGCUUGUGGAUUUAUAGUAGUUCAGUCAUUAUAUACAAAAUUAUUAUAGGCUGAUUUUUCUUUUUUUACUUGAACUUUUCGUAACUCAGGGGAUUCCCUGAAAAUACCUACAGAUGGAAUACUUCUUGGACAGUUUUUCUUUCUCCCCCCCCCACCCCUCCCAAAAAAAGAAAAAACAAAGAAAAAAAAAAAACUAACUCUUCAUGUAAUAACAAAGAUGAAUCAACAGCAUUUCCAAGCUCUUGCAUCCUGCUGGAAAUCUCUUCUCUUCAUGUUCCCACCAUUAUUCCUCCAUGAGCCUACACCUUGGGGAAUUGUGCUGUUCUCCAGAGACUACCAAACCAAGUCUUCAUGAGGCAGGGGAGGGGAUCUUAAAGUACCACACUGGAACCCCAUGUCCUGCAUAUGUCCCRGCCAGGGUACACUGAGGAGACAAUUCCAGUAGGGAGAGGUGGGAUAAGCUUAAAAGGAGUAAGUGCAGAUAGUGUCCAAAACCCUAAUUGGAUUGGAUAAUGUCUCCUUAGGAGUCAACCAGAAUACUAACUCACCCCUUGCAUGUAAUUUUAGUCUUAAAAAUGAAGUUACUGAUCCAACUAGAGUCCUUGCCACCUUGUGAGACAGGUGCUCCUGUAGAGUAAGCCCUGCUCUGAUCAGCCCCUUUCUCACAGAGGGUUCUUCCAGCCGUUGCUUGGCUUGGAUCUCUGGAAUUAGUUUGUUAUUGGGUAUAUUGUUUUUAAAUUGUUUCUAUAGGUUUCGAGCUGGUGGCUACUUAAAGCUGGAAAAAUCAGACUGCGCCAAGUCCGAUCCCACAUCUUCACCCACCAUCCCCUCCCUCACGUGCCAUGUGGUGAGAAUACCAGUUACCUCACAGUCUUGUAAAUAUGCACUGAGAGGAAGGAGCGAGGAGACAUUAACUUAAACUGAAAUGGUAGAUCAGUAAUUGUGGACAAAUAUUAUCAUUGACAACGGAAAAGCACCCUUGUUACAGCCCUGCUAUCCCUUGCUGUGUAUAUAUACUUUGUCCUUCAUAUGUGAAAGAUCCAGUGUUGGAAUUCUUUGGUGUAAAUAAACAUUUGGUUUUAUUUAUCGAG